UCCGCCGAUAAGCCAAGAAAAAGAUCUCGCGUGUGAUGUGUUUGUUUGUACUGUGAGUCUUAUCUCCGUGUAUUAGUGUUGAUGACGAGAGAUAAGAUGGAUGAGAUGUGCUGUAAAUCAAUAGGAACUGAUCUGUCCAUGCUGGAUAUUGAUGAUUUAAUAACAGAAAUCUCUCAGCUAAAGAAAGAGGUUGCGUUACUGGAGGAAAAGCUGAGUUCAAGAGGAGACGAAGGAGUGAAGAGAGAGGAUGUGGAUUGUUGUGAAUCUUCAGUGUUUGUGACUGAUAAUGGGAUUCUGGAUUCAGUUUGGCUGAGCAGAGAUCAGAGCCGCACACCACAGCCAAUGCUGGACUCUAAACUCUCUGAAGAGAAAUCCAGACACACACAGAACUCAGAGCUCAGUCUCACUUUACUCGGUUAUACUGAGUCCACAGACACUCAGGACACUACAGUGUGUGACAGUAAUCAGAGCUUACAGAAUGAGGAAUCUACCGAUCAAACAGAAUCUCUGGAGUCUGUCUGUAACGCUGGAGAAGAGCAGCAGAUCCUGCAGACCACACUGAAGAUGUGUUCAGUCAAACUCAUCGACUGCAGGAAACUGAUGAAGAUAAAAACUGAAACAACAGAAGAGGAAGAUCACACUGAUGAUGAUGACAAUUAUGAUGACGAUGAGAAGAGGGAUUCAAGUUUUACUACCUUACAAGAGAAGAAACUUCAUUCAGAGGAGCACAGCAAGAAGAAGAAGAAGACGAAGAAGAAACCAUUUCACUGUGAGCUGUGUGAUAAAGUUUAUUUCUGCACUAGUCUGAAACCUCACAUGAUGACACACAGUAACGAAAAGCCUUUCCACUGCACUCAAUGUGGCAAAUAUUUCCGCACCAAACAAAAUCUUGAUGCUCAUAACAAAAUUCACACAGGAGAAAAACCAUACGAGUGUCCUCACUGCCAGAAGAGAUUCAACCACAAACCCCAUCUGAAGAAACACGUGCGUUCACACACCGACGAGAGACCGUAUCAGUGCAGUGAGUGUGAAAGAAGAUUUAGGGUUUUAACCAGUUUAAAAACACACCAGAGAACACACACGGGCAAGAAACUUUUUCAAUGUUCAUACUGCAGUAAACGUUUCGCUCUUAAAGCUCAUGUGACCGUCCAUGAAAGAAUUCACACUGGAGAGAAACCUUACGUCUGUCCUCACUGUGGAAAGAGCUUCGCUGAUCCGUCUCAUUUCAGAGUUCAUCUGAGAGUUCACACUGGAGAGAAACCUUAUCGCUGUAAUGUGUGUGGAAGGAGAUUUAGGCAACGUGAUCAUAUCGUGAAUCAUCAGAGAACUCAUACGGGUGAAAGACUUUACAAAUGCUCACAGUGUGAUAAGACGUUUGCUCGAUCGGAUAUCCUGAAGACCCACGAGAGAGUUCAUACCGGAGAGAAACCUUACACCUGCUCGGUCUGUGGAGAGAAAUUUGCUUAUUUAAAAAGUUUAAACGGUCAUAAGAAGAAACACUAAAGAACAAACUGAUCUGAAAUCAUCAUAGCGCUCUGUUUAUUUAGGAUGAAUUUACUGAACUUUCAUGCUGAUUGGAAGCCAAAAACAUUGUGUGUAAUGCCGUGGAUGUAGUUGUAGAAGUAGUGAUGGGAGAAACGAAGCUUUACAAAAUGAUUCACUGAUGCGCUCAAAACACCUAAAUAUGGUGCCACCUGCUGGUGAAAACAUUUAAAGCAACAAGAUUUCAGUCCAAACCAGGUGUGUCUCAUACAUCCUGAAAAGCCGCUGGCUUUUUGAUCGCCCCCUGGUGGCUAGCUGCAGCAAGUCAUAAACCCCGCCCUCUCCAUGCAAACGAACGAGACUCGGAUCAAAAUAAAAAAUAAAUUACACUUCCAAUAUCAUUUUCCGAAAAAAGUUUUAGGUCCUUUAGGGUGAUUCUCACAACAUCCAGACUUAAAAGGUGUCCAGCAUCAGAUUUUUUUAAAAAGCCCUUGAAGCCAAUUUUUUUUGUUGCACAUAUAAGAUUAAGGUCUGAACUUACUUUAACCAUUAUUUUUAGAGGAUUUUAAAAAUAUUUCCUAUAGAAUUAUUUAAAUUUUUUAGAUUAUCAUUAUCAAAAUUUAUCAUUACCGCAACAUGAUAUUACAUGAAAUAUAUGCAUUUACAAACUGUUUCUACCGAGCCCCUAAGGUGACAUUGGAAUAAAAAAAACUAAAGGUUAGUUUCACAUGCUCAUUUGAAACUUUUGUGUGCGCACGUGAAACUAAACUCGAUAGUUUCACGCGCACGCGCAACAAUUUCACGUGCGCACACGAAAGUUUCACUUUAUUUAAUUUUGCUCCAUGUCCCCUUAGUGGCUCCAUAUGUUUCGGUAAUGAGAACGAAAAAGUUGUCUAGGUACUAUGACAAACAAAAUUUCAACCUUUAUCUGGAGAAAAAAUAAAAACUGCUUACCUGGUAGCCAUCUUGAGUGUCACAGUCAAUUAUGUCCCUUCCAACAAUUUUUUUUAAAUGUUAGUUCCUCGAGGUCUUAAACAAUGAUUGAAAAUUGUUGCGGAGGAUGAGAAAAUUGGUCUUGGACACAUUUAUAUUCCUUAUUAUUGUCUCUACAUUUACCAAUGAUCACCAAAUACCAUGUUUCUUUACUGUAAAUGUUUAUAGUAUAACAUGCACUGAAGCUUUUAUUUUUUAGAUUUUUUAAUUAUAAAUAUUUCCAUGUCAAAGAACCAAAAUCCAGUCAUGGACAUGUUGCGGUAAUGACAAUGUUCCCCUUAAAUGUGGAAAAACAUUAAAAAAAAUGGUUUCAUCAUGUGCAAAAUAGUACAUGAAGAGAUGUACUAUUGUGUGCUUCUUAUUUUGAUACUCUUACUUUGCAUUUACUUUUUUCAGUCACGUGAUUUUAGCAAACGAGGCUUCAUUACGUCAUAACGUUUUCGAAAAUCCGACGAUUCACCACUAGGGGGAGUUGAUCACAAAUGACCAGUGUAGGUAAACUUGGGUCAGUUUUAUUAUAAAAGUUUAUAAAACAUUCAUCCUUCUCACCAAUAACACUACCAUUUUUGUGUCAUACUUUUUGUGUCUAGACAGAUUUAAUGACAAAAAUGUGUAUAAUUAAAAAGGGAUGUCGUUUUAAUGAUUUGUUUGCCAUAAAUAAACUAAUAACACAGAAUACACUUUUAAUGUCUUAAAUUAAUGUAUUUUUCUUAAAAACAUAUUUUUAGAACAAUCUUGCUAUUAUUUUGUAAAAAGUGUAAAAUGUUUGGACAGAUCUUGCUGCGUUUACACUAUUUUGACCAGCAGGUGUCGCCAGCGUGUGUGGUGUUUCGAACGCUUUAAAAAACUGAAUCAAUUUGCAAAGCAAUUGGUUCAAUUGAUUCGAAACUUCGAAAAGCUUCGUUUCUCCCAUCACUACAUUCCUUUUAAAUAAUACAUUAACAAAAAGAAAGUGCAAACCUUAGUGUAUGUACGCUUAAAAUGGCAUUUGUUGUCAUGUUUUUCUUUUGCUUGUUUUUGAUGAGAAAACAUUUUUUAAAGAGAUGAACAGACCAUUUUUUUCACAUUGAGGUUAUGGACUUCCAUAGAAAUGUCCACUUUAAGUGAUGCAGCAGAAAGAUUUGUAUGACAAAUACAAGUAGACCAGAUAUUUGACUUUAUAUUUUAGUUCACAAUCGCCCUCUGCUGGUUGUGUAUGAGUGUUAUUAUAUAUCUUUUCACGUGUACUUGAUAAAUAUUUUCUAGCACUGUUAUUUUCUUAAUAUCUCCGAUGACCUUAUAGAUCCAUGCUGCACAAGUUGAAACUGAAGAGAAGCAAUAAAACAACAUAUACAUAUA